AUGCCCAAGACGCAGAUAAACACUGGCAGCGCCGUUCCACCAUUUUCGAACCCUCGCAGGGUUUUGGCCGCCAAUUCUCUUACGCUACAAAAUCACGGAUUCGCCCGCGAUGCCUCGCUCCGCGCUAGUCCUGGCUCCGCACGUUCUAACCCCAGCGGCGUCGCUUCCACCCCGCGGCGAAACUCGUCUGGCAACAGUCAUCAAACGGGCCAAAGCGAUCCCAAGAAAUGGUUCGAUAGCUCGAACCAAAACCCGUCCGCAACAUUCGACUCCAAUAUCAUGGAUGUCGACCCUCCAUUCUUCCAAAAGAGCUCUGAAUCUUCUACCGAAGACGCCAUUGGCUACAAGAAUCGAGCCAUUCCUCCCCACCUUCAACCACGACAUCAAGAAACGCAAAGCAGCAGUGCCGACGACUAUCGCAGCGUCAUUGACGAUUUGACAGUUGAGAUUCAGAAACUCAAGGACGAGCUGAAACGUCACAAGCAACGCGGCCCGGACACGUUGCGCAAAGACCAGCUCUUUGAAAUCAAAUUCCACGGUUUGCCCAAACGCAAGAAGCGCGAACUCGAGACGACUCUUCGCGAAUUCGCAGCCACGUUGGAAACUUCUUCCACCGAGUCCUCAUCACAGCAAAAGAAGUCAUCAUUUGGCCAGCUGCGUUUCGGCUCCGGCUCCAAACAUGCCUCUUCUUCAUCUGGUUCCAACAUGCGCCCAAUUGACUCGGCCUAUGCCUCAAUGUCAACGGGCGCCAAUUCUGCAGGCGUAUCCAUUGGCCGUCACACCAGCAAACUCAAUGGCAUCAGAUCAUCUGAACAAAAAGUCGAGAGCUAUCUUCGAGACAUCCCCGAAGGCCUGUACCCAAAACAUGUGGCUAUGACGGACAAGGAUAGGAAAAAGGUUGUUGUUCGUCGGCUUGAGCACCUUUUUACCGGAAAGAUCAACGGCCGUCAAGCUCGUCGGCAGUUGCCUAUGCACAUUGUCCCUCAACCUACCCCUCCUUCUGCCUCGUUGGCUCAAUCUUCCAUCCCUACACUCACCUCGGAAGCCGCGAAGCUCGCACAAUCUGCUUCUGCGCAAUCGCAGCAAACAACUGGCAAAUCAGAGCCCGCUCGUGAGGCACGAAUCCUCCCUCCCGGGGGUUCGAGUAAAAAGAGCCGAUCGCGGGAUAAUGGUUCGAUCUCGAACUCAAACGGAGAUCAGACAGAAUCCACGGGCAACGGCAGCAGACACAACAGCUCUCCACAAGAGUCAUCGCUCCCGGAACAGCGACCGACUCGACCGAAUGACCUCGACCCUGACCGUGCCCAAAUUCCUGCUGACAAUAUGGAGUACAUUCGACAUUUGGGUUUGGUCCCUCCUGAACUUCUCCCCGAUGCCACCCAGGAAGCUCCAGACGUGUCACCAGAUGCCGAGGGCUGGGUGUACCUGAACCUGCUCUGCAAUUUGGCGCAGCUGCACAUGAUCAACGUCACUCCCGAUUUUGUUCGGGCUGCGGUCUCUGAACUGAGCACCAAAUUUCAGCUGUCGCCAGACGGUCGCAAGAUUCGAUGGCGUGGCGGCUCAGAGGGUACCAUACUCACGCGUGAUAACUCUGCCGAAAGUUCUCAGGAGAGCGAGCCUUUGAGCAGCGGCUUGAAAGAAUCGCAGAAGUCGAAGCGCAAACGACAAAAGAUUAGUGACUCAGGCAGUUCAAGCAAGGACAACUCCAAAUUUGGUCCUCAGGUCUCUGCCACGUCGGAUAAUUUUCACUAUAAGCCACUCUUUGUUCGGCAGGACUCUCCAAACGGCAUCACCUCGUUCGACGACACGCUGUCGUCGUUUGGCCCGGUCGAAGAUAGCAAUCUCGGCGAGUCGAGAUACAAUCUCAGUGGCUCGGGCUCAUGGAAUCGAAAGAAGCGCCGCCAUGAUGGUGCUGUCAUUUAUUACAGCGGUGCGCCUUUCUGCACUGAUUUGUCUGGCGACCCCGGGGAUGCCUCACCAACGACGUACAUGAUGUCAAGCGGACAGUGUGCUCCUCAAGGUCUACAGGAAUCACACCGACCGCUGUACAGAUCCCCAUCGGGGUCGAACAUUGGUAUUCGGCCGCUCAGCCACCCGAUACCUUUUGAUUCCUCGGAUAUAGCCAUGAAAACAGAUGACGAGGAGGAACCACCCGGUUUCGCCACGAAAUCUGACGACGAGACCAGCGAGGCCGAGUCCAUGGAUUUUGGUUGGUCCAAUGAGGCUCAAUACCUCGAGGUUCACCCCUUGGAGCCUUGUGGAUUGGGUGGUGUUUUACCAGACGACCACUUUAUGGUGGUAGUUACUACUAAGCGGCCGAAGGAGGAUGCACCAGGCGCUAUUGCCAAGUACAAUGAAGGCAGCUGGACCGCAGCAACCGACAACAUCAUCGUUCGUUUGGCGGUAAUGUCGACAUCGUCGCCAGCAGCUCAGCAAUCGAGACUUCCGUCGCGAUGUAGCUCACCUGGUGUAGAGAUUGAAUACACGUCGGGGCGGAUCAAGAGACUGGCACCAGUGCCGCUGCCGCCACCCGUCAUCUUCUUCCCACCGUUUAGUAGUGACGAUUCAUGCGAUUAUGAUGAUUUCUCGGACUCGGAUCUGGCGUCUCAAUCGAUGCCGUUGAUUUCGGAGGGUCUUGCGAGUCGCAGAGGUCUUGAGCAGUCAGACGACUACCCGGACGGAGUGGAUCUGAGUAGCGGUGAUGAGGAGGGAGAUGAUCCCGACGAUGAAUCUGGAGCGGAAAAGAUGUAUGACCAGCCGCGUGAUGAGGUGCCAGAGAUGAAUCCGCUGGACCGAAUCGCUCGGCAGUCGAUUGGAAGUUCAGUGGCUGCUGCGGGAACGCCAAGAGGGCGAACCAAGAGCGCGUCUAGCAGCAGUGAAGACGAUGAGGAGUGA